GGGGGGGGGGGGGGAUUUCAAAUCGAUUUUUUUGCCCAUUUUGCUACUUGAAAUUGUUAAUAUUUAUUGAUUUUAUUUUAUUAAAAGCUAUUUUUGACUUUCAAAUAAUCCAGAAUAAUCAUCAUUGGCAAGUUUUUAAAUUUACUCCAUUUCACAAACCAUAAUUUAUUAUACUCAAAAUUGUUAUUGAUAAUAUAAACCGUUACAGUAAAGCUGGAAUUACCAAAUUGGUUUAGUUAGUUUUAUAGAUCCAUUAGGAUAUUUAUUUUUUAUAUUUGUUAAAUAAUUAUCCGUUCAGAUGCACGUAAAUUUGUUUAAAAUUUAAUGUUGUUGAGGAGUGAAAUGCAUAUUUGAAUUUCAAAUUAGCAAAUGUGGAAAAACUUAAUGAGGAUUGUCACACGCUGACAAAGGAGGAAAUGAUGGAGUCAUGAGGCGCAUUAGCACCAAGUUGGGACGAGGCGCGAGCGGGAACCAUUUGUCUGCCCGCGUGUUUCAGUUGGUGUCAAAGGGGUGCCCAAAAUAGCCUGGAGAGAGGAGUGGCCGCAUUUUGCUUUCGUCCUCAGUGCCUAAUUCGAAAAGCAGAGAGUGCUUUGUGAUAAGACAUAUUAUCAGAUGGAUUAUUGUGCCGUGUUGGGACCUGGUUGUGGUGUGCCUUGGGAGGGAUUCCAGUUGUCUGGAUCGUGUGAUGUAGAACGAAAGAGAUGCACCAGCAGGGGUGCUCCGGGGAGCAGCAGGCCACUCUCGAAGGCCAUGGACAACUGCCGACAGACAUUAUUUUUCACGUGGCUAGAGACAAGGACCGAGAGUUGUACCUGAGAUUUAUCAGCAUAAGGCUAAACCAAGUGCUGAGUGGGAAAAGGCUGUCUCAAAUGACGAAGACUUACAAUGACCCAGAGGCUGUCACCAGACUCCUCGAAGAGAAAGAGAAAGACUUGGAGUUGACUGCUAGGAUAGGCCAAGAGCUUUUAGCCCACAACAACCAGUUAGAGGCACAGGUUGCCGCCCUUGAAGUGCAGCUCAAAGAGCAGCAUGACCAGUUGGUGCAAACCCAACAUGAGCUGCACAGCAAAGCAGAACUAUUGGCCAUCAUAGCUGCAGAAGAUGAUCCUACAUCAGACCCCAACACGCCGACUGCAACAAAGUCCAUUUCAGUGGACCUCCUUCAAAGGAAGGUGGCCACUUUGGAGGUGCAAAACACCCUUUUGAAAGCUGAGGCCACCCAGAUUGCCAACGAAACUGCAGUUGUUGAAGAAAAGGAAAAGCAGCUGCUUGAUGAUAUCACCACACAAUUAACUUCUGUGAACAGGGAGAGAAGCAAUCUCGCAGAGGACAACGCUAAGUACAAAGAGGAAAACAGGGUGCAGCAUGAAGAAAUUAGAUCUCUCCAAGCCAGACUGGCCAGUCUUAAGGAAUCCAACUCCGAACUAACCAAUGACAACACUUUUCUAGCCCAGCAGGUAGCCACCACUAAACAAACACAGGACUUGCUUUGUGCUGAAAUCUUGGAGUUGAAGGAACAGUACGCUCAGGUUCUUGGCUUAUUGAAUGAGGCGCAAGACCAGAUCCGGAAAAUGAGGAAAAAGCAGCUUCCUACUGCAAGACUAGGGGCUGGUGAAGGAUUCCAAGGCAAUUAUCUAAACUCCAGUAGUCUCAGUUCCAACCUCGGUGCCGAAUUGGUGACCUCGUUGGUUUCUGACUCCAGUCUUGAUUCUGGUAUCAGCGUUGGAAAACCCCAAGUUCCAAGCUACAGAAGAGUCUUUGAAACGGUCCGUUCCGCCUCCAGAGCCGCCUCCAACGCCAGCACUAAGAGCCACAGUCCUGCCAGUCACAUGUUCAACCAUAACUCUUCUACAAUGCUUACUUCAACCUCGUCCAGUGGCCCCAAAAUGUCCUUGGGAAUUUCAGGUCCUUCAUCUGGGUCAUCUUGGCCUGCGCCUCCAAUGGCCCAUGAACCCGUGUCUGACAUUCUGAGCCUCAGAAGCUCUGAAGUCUCUUUGUCUGAGGAGAUGGGAAUAUCUGCACCUCAACUGGGUAUUCCAGGGCAACCAGGGUCACUUGACUUCAAGGUAGCCUUAGGAAAUAUUACUGCACAGGAUGUUUUGCUCAAACGUCAAAGAAUGGGGCUAGUGGACAUCGAUGGAGAUUCAUUUUCAAGUGAAAGUUACCAACUGAUGUGCCGAACGCCCGACUCAAUCAUGUCCACCGGAAGCAGUCACCUGACCAACACUUCGUGGAAGCUUCCGGAGAAGCUGCAGAUUGUGAAGCCCAUUGAGGGCAGCAUGACCCUGCACCACUGGUCGCAGCUCGCUAGACCCAGCUUAGGCUCCUCGCUGGACGAGAGACCUAGAGUGAUUGCAAGAGGCCAGUCAACCACCAGCAGUGGUGUCCUAACAAGAUACACCCUGGAUGAUCUUGAAGAGGACGACCUGGACGAGAGUCUAUGUCUUGGAAAGCAGUUUGAGUCGACAGGAAUGACUUACACUUACACAAAUUCAACUGUGAUGCACCCAGAAGACCACACCCAAGUCACUUCAAGUUAUUCUGGACUGCAAAUGUCUGCUGGAGCACCAAUACUGGAGACCUUGACUCCUUCGAACCCGAGCUUGUUGAGCAGAAGAAACUCGACAUCCACCUUCUCGACCUCCCUUGGAUUGGCCAAGCUGUUGAAUGAGCGGGGAAUCACAGCAGCUGUAGACUCUCCAGAUGCUUCAACAUGCACUACACCCUGCAAUAGUCCCGAGAGACCAUCGUCCCCUGUAUCAGGAUUGUAUCAAAUGGGUUUCUUUGCAAGUGGUGCCGAAUUCUUCAGGAGGAAGCUGGAUGGGUCCUAUCACAAAAGUCACAAGAAGUCAACUGGCAAAGAGAUUGCUAAUAUUCGGUUGGUAGACAAAAUUGAAGAAAUUGGUCUAGAGUCAAUUUUAAAGCCAAUUGAGUCCUCCAACGAAGAUAGAAAAUUAAGUUUGCAAGAUGGAAGGGAACACAGGAGGCUGCCUGACUCGGACAUAGUUCAGUGUUCCAUGUAGCACGAGGAGACUUCUGGCCAAGUCGAGUAGAUUUGGCCAGAAGUCAACCAUUGCUUGUUAGCAAAAUCAGGGCAGCUCAAAUUAUUAAACUCUGUGAUUUAAGGAUGAUAUUUAGAAUGAGUCAGCGGAGGGAAAUUUACCAAAAUUUGAGUUUUACCAAAUUCUGGAUAAGGUGCUUUGACAGCAUCAAUUAUAUAAUUGAAACCCUCUAUAGAAAAUAGAAUUGUGCGUUAGAUCAGUGGCACCAGCUUACGGCAACAGAUAGACGUGCAUUUUACUGUUAGAAGUUGUAAACCUUCUGGUUUGAAAAAAAUAUUAGCUUUCUCAUCUCAGGUGCCACUGAAUAUUUUUGAAAAUGAAACUACAGCUUUAGUUAAAUCUAUUGUGCUGCAUUAUAGGCUGAUAUUUACAUUUGGAAUUAUGUAGAUAAUUUUCUUGUUAAGUACUGAAAAUUUAUCACAAACUGUUAGUUUGCCAGAGAAAAAAAUUUGAUUGUAAAAGAAUCGUUUUAUAUAUUUGAACAAGAGCAAACGUUAUUUAUUUCAAUUAUCUAGAGACUGCCAAACUGCAAGUCGUUAUUAUUGUUAGUGGUCCACAAAUGCAGGAGAGAGAGAGGACACAAAUAUAGUUCAAGUAUGUCUCUUGGUUGUCAUUUAAUAAAUUAUGUUAGUGAUUACCAAAUAGUGUUGCAUAAUAAACAGCUUUUCAAAUCAAGA